AUGGGUGUCGAAGAAAGCAAACUUGCUGAAUCACAGCGUCACAUGGAUCAAUUUUUGCAGCCAUGUUCCCGAGUGACCGGACGACCGUGGACGCUCGUGCAUAGUUGUUCCCUGGAAGCCUGGCGGAAGAAAUAUAGUGCAAUCGUCCACUUGGCAAGAAACCUCAUCACCCAGUUCGGCAUCGUGGAUCUUCACAUUCACAAGUUUUUGGGUACCUUUGGCCGUCAAUCUGUAAAGUAUUCGCCUGAUUCUGUUGCCGCGCGCAUUUCUCCUGACUCUUCCCUCUGUCUCAUUCGUUUGCCGUGGUCACGAAUCAGCCGUGUCACAACUUUGCAGUCCAAGUAUCUUAUUUAUGGAAUACAUUGA